UGUGCGUUGGAGCCGGAGACCGCGGCGGCCUCUGCUAGGACCCUCCGCCCCGAGCCGCCGGCCGGAGCCGCAGCCGCAGCCGCAGCGCCCCUGCCGCUGUCCCCUCCCCGCCCCUGCCGCCUCCGCCGGAGCCGCCUCGCGCACUCUGGGGUAUGGCCGUCAAUGUGUACUCCACAUCCGUGACCAGUGAAAAUCUGAGUCGCCAUGACAUGCUUGCGUGGGUCAACGACUCCCUGCACCUCAACUACACCAAGAUUGAGCAGCUGUGUUCAGGGGCAGCCUACUGCCAGUUCAUGGACAUGCUCUUCCCUGGCUGUGUGCACUUGAGGAAGGUGAAGUUCCAGGCCAAGCUAGAGCAUGAGUACAUCCACAACUUCAAGGUGCUGCAAGCAGCUUUCAAGAAGAUGGGUGUUGACAAAAUCAUUCCCGUAGAGAAAUUAGUGAAAGGAAAAUUCCAAGAUAAUUUUGAGUUUAUUCAGUGGUUUAAGAAAUUCUUUGACGCAAACUAUGAUGGAAAGGAUUACAACCCGCUGCUGGCGCGGCAGGGCCAGGAUGCAGCGCCACCUCCUAACCCAGGUGAUCAGAUCUUCAACAAAUCCAAGAAACUCAUUGGCACAGCAGUUCCACAGAGGACAUCUCCCACAGGCCCCAAAAACAUGCAGACCUCUGGGCGACUGAGCAACGUAGCCCCACCCUGCAUCCUCCGGAAGAACCCCCCAGCGGCCCGCAAUGGCGGCCAUGAGACCGACGCCCAAAUUCUGGAACUCAACCAACAGCUCUUGGACUUGAAGCUGACGGUAGAUGGGCUGGAGAAAGAGCGUGACUUCUACUUCAGCAAGCUCCGUGACAUUGAGCUCAUCUGCCAGGAACAUGAGAGUGAAAACAGCCCCGUGAUCUCGGGCAUCAUUGGCAUUCUCUACGCCACAGAGGAAGGAUUUGCACCCCCUGAGGAUGAUGAAAUUGAGGAACACCAACAAGAAGACCAGGACGAGUACUGAGAGCGGCCGAAGCCCUGGCUGACCGCGCGGCCUCCGUGCCGCCCCUCUCCACAUCCCUCCCAACAUUAUAAUCCUUUCCGUACAGCCAACGGCCAGCCUGGUGCUUGGUGUCAGUGCCACAGCGGCGAGAGCAGGGACAGGGCCAGGCGGCAAGGGGGCGGCAGAGGCCCAAUGGGCGGGACCCCUGCCCACUCUCCACCCCUAUUUAUUUCCGUUGUCUCCACCCCAGGGUGCAGCUGCCACCCGCUCAGCCAGCCCCUUGUCCCUCUCUAGCAGCCAGCAGCUGUAUAUUGGACAAAGUCAUUGGUAUAUUUUUACUUACUGGAUUCUCCUUGCACUUUACCUGUUCUUUCCCAGGGCUGAGAGCAGUGGGCUUAGGGGCAGUGUGCCCAGCUUGGCUUCCCGUCCCCAUGGCCAGAGGCUGGGACAGGACUUGCCAACUUAUUUAUUUUUUUUUCCAUUUAACCUGGAGUGGAGGGGAAUGCUGUUGUCAGGAGAGGGAGAAGGGGGGAGGGGGCUGAGGAGGCAGUGCUGUGGCCUGGGGGUCAAGGAGAGGGAGGGGCGCAUGCAAGGGAUGGAAUUGACCCCCUGGCCCCUCCUGGCUCACCCACCUUGGCCCCUGCCUCCUACCCCCAGCAUUGCCCCAGGCCCUAGCCAUGCCCUCCUGCAGCCUGGCUCAUACCACACAGACUGUCUAGACCCUCCUGUGCGCCCACCCCUACCCCUGCCCCUCGGGCACCAGCCUGCGUCCAUCCAUGUUCACUUUUAUUUAAAUAAACUUGUGUGGUAAAAGU